AUGCCGAGCCUGGCCGCGCAGGACUCGUACCUGCAGCGGCUGGCGAGCCGCGUGUGCGCGCAGCGCGACCCCGAGCCGCGCAAGAGGAAGCGCGAAUCGAAGCCGGGCCAGCCUGAAGAUGCCGGCAGGCAGCACAAGAAGAAGAGGAGGAAGAAGCCCAGGAAGCAGGAUGGGAAGGCAGCUGCUCCCCCGGGCAAACGGCCGGCGCGCAGCGACGCCGCUCCCGCUCAGAAAGCAGCCCCUCAGCCCAGCGCUUCGUCUGCACCGGGGCGUGCACAGAGCAAAAAGGAGAGUGCAGCAACCGAGGGUGAAAGCAAAGCCAAUUCACCUUCUUUUUCUGCAAUGAACCUCUUGCGUCAGAGACUACACGAGAAGAUUAAAAAAGCUUCUGGUCAAGAUGAUGCCAAAGAAUUAUCCCCUGCUGUCCUGGAGAAGAGGCGUAGAAGGAAAUACGAGAAAGAGAGGAAGAAGCGCCGAAGAAAAGAGCUGAAGAUGAAGGAGAAAAUGGAGAAGAAGACAACAGAAGAAUCACCUGUAGAAUUGCCUGCAGAGCCACAAAGCAAAAAGGAGGAGAGCACAAGCGCAGCUGAGAUUGUCUUUAACAGGGUUGAAGUCCAUGAAGAGAAUGAGCUGAGCAAGAUCCAGAAGAAGAAAGAGAAGAGGAAAGCGGUGAAAGGCCAUAUUACACCUCUGACCGGCAGAAACUACAAGCAGCUGCUGAGCAGGCUGGAGAUAAGGAAGAAUAAACUGGAGGAGCUCAAGGACAAAGACCAGAAGAAAGCUCAGGAGCUAGAGAAGAAGAUGAAAUGGACCAACGCUCUCUACAAGGCCGAAGGCGUCAAGAUUCGUGACGACGAGGAGCGCCUGAAGGAAGCCUUGAAGCGCAAGGAGAAGCGCAAAGCGCAGCGCCAGAGGCAGUGGGAGAAGCGGACGGAGAAAGUGGUGGAAAAGAUGCAGCAGCGGCAGGAAAAGCGGCGCAAGAACAUUCAGAAGAAGAAGAAGGAGAAGAUAGAGCGCAGGAAGAACAAGGCCCGCAAGAAGGGGCGCGUGCUGCCCGAAGACUUGAAGAAAGCUGGUCUCAAGUGAGAGGGGGCAGCCAGUCCCUGCAGCCCAGACAUUGUGGGACCACGUGUGGGACUCGGUGAUUGACUUUCACAGAAGCGCUCUGGCACGGCUGCCUCCCACCCUCUGCAUUUUUGUAACGGGGAGCAGAUUGAGGAAAAUAUCGGAGAAAUGGGGACCGCCUGGGGGCUGCCAGUGCUCAAUUGCUGCUCAAUAAAAACCUGUUG